AUGCGGUAUCUUACCAUAUUAAAAGCUACUUCUGAAAGACCUGGAAAAGGGGAAGAAGAGGAGGAAUGGAAGCAGCACUUUAAUCUAACAACACAAAUUUGUUGUGGUGCACAGGUUUUAGAUCUACUUUGGAGCGAUCCUUCUCCGCAGCUAGGAUGUUCAGCUAACCUUGUUAGAGGAGGAGGCUGCGCAUUUGGCCCUGAUGUCACAAAACGUAUUCUUGAGAGUCAAGGACUUAGAUUGCUGAUUAGGUCCCAUGAAUGCAAACCAGAUGGCUUUGAGUGGACACAUGAUGGUCUCGUACUUACGAUAUUCUCAGCCUCGAAUUAUUAUAGUGAAGGAUCAAACCGGGGCGCCUAUGUCAAACUCGAAGGCGAAAACGUUGUGCCACGAAUAGUUCAAUAUAUUUCUAGUUCAGAUAAGGAGAAUAGCAAAAGAACCUUGUCUGAAAGCCCAUUUUGGGGAUGUAAAUACCUACCAAAUACUGAUUUGGAGACGUGUGUAUGA